AAUUGCGAACGAUUUGUGUGUAACGUUAUUGGCCAACGAAAGGUGUAUAAAACAGAAGCCGAAGCAAAGGCGGCAUGUCCGCAAUUAGUAUCAAAGUGUGCGAUACAACAACAAGGGUGUGGACUUGGUGACAAUGUUGAUUUGUCAAGUGAAAAUGGGUUAAAAAGUGUUGGAGAUUCGUAUAGAAGACAUGUAGAAGUGUAUGACAAAAAUGCGAGUUGGUGUGCUCUUAAGAAGGGUAUCAAUUUGAAUACUAUUAAUGUCUUUAAAGACGAUGAAUAUGAGUGUCUGAGUCAAGUAGUUGGAUGUGCAGACUACUUAUCUCCCGAAUUUGGCGAUUGUGAUGAGGCAUCUUUACUCUCAAACGUUUUCAUGUUUAACGAGAGAGUGUUGCCAACAAGUCAAGUUUAUCGUUUAAAGCGCGCGACUGCAUCGACCAAUGCUAUUUUCAACGAAUACACAUUGAAACCGGGGUAUAAACAAUACACUGAUUCAUAUGCCACGCGAAUUGUGUUGGAUAGUUUUAAAGACAAAGUCUCCGUCUUUUUUAAGUACUUUAAUCGAGAAAUUUCUGCGUUUGUGUCUGACUGUAUUAUGGAGGGAGCGGCAGACCACACUUCAUUGAUAUCAGGGACAUUCCCAUUGACUAUUAAAACAUUGAGUAGAGACAAAAGUAUUGAUUAUGAGUUUAUUACUCUUGCACAAAACACACAUGUUGCUGACGAUUUGGUUGUUUUUGAGUUUGAUCGGUGUUAUGCGUGUGGAUCCUCUGUCGUAGUUGGGAUCACAGAAAAGGCGAUCAAACUGAAUGGAGCACAGUCACCUUUAGGGAAUUGGUGGGAUGACAAGACCAAUGUUGUAAAGGACAAUUUAGGGUUUGAGAUUCCCGUCUUUUUCAAUGACUCUAUUGGAGGCCUUGAUGAGAAUUUUGUUAUUGGGUAUAUGGUAGGUGACGGCUUAGAGAUAUUGUCGUUGGAGAAUCCCGACAACGUCGAUGUGUAUAUUGGAAUCAGCGAGUUUUCAACAGUCGAUUUUACUCAGACGGACAAAUUCAGUAUGAAUGACUUACUGAUCAUUAGGAACACAACAGUCAAUGGAAAGCUUAGUUACUGGGCGGAGCCACUCUAUUUGACGUGUGUGCUGACGUCCACUGACGAGAAUAAAUUGGUGUUUGACUUCAAAAACACAUACUCUUUGUGUAAAAUACCACCAGAAGUCUUAAAAACUAUUACACCGACGGACACCCUCUUCCCUAUAUACAGACUCCCAAAGAACCAAAUUGUAAAGAACUAUCCCGAGGAAGGAAAGGCGUCGAAAAUUGUUACAAUUGUUGUUCCUUCUGUUGUGGGGUUAAUAGUCAUUUGUGUACUAUUUAUAGGAACGAUUGUAUUCAUUGUGAGAUAUAGAAAAAUGAAGGGAAGAGAAAUGCUGAAAGAAUAUUCUGAGUUUGAGUUGUCAUCACUCGGUGGCCCAUUAAUACAAUACGACUAA